AUGUUGCGAGACCUCUUUGCGCCGGCCGGCCUCGUGCCGCUGCUGCUCUCCUCUCCGGCGGCCGCCACCCUCCUCUACGCCUCGUCGUACAGCGGCGCCAUCACCACCCUGAACCUCACUUUGUCAGGCACAAACGCCACGCAGUCCACCCUGCAGUCGCUCUCCUCUUCCAACGGCUGCGCGCCCAGCCCAUCCUGGCUCCAGCUCGACAAGGCCAACGCGAGGCUAUUUUGCACGGAUGAGGGUCUUACCACCAAUGUCGGCACCGUCUCGUCCUUCAAGACCGGCGCCGACGGUACGCUGGAGCAGCUGGCCAAGACAGAGACCAUCAGCGGUCCCGUGAGCGCCGUUGUCUUUGGCGAAAAGAGCCAAGGCCUCGCCAUCGCUCAGUAUUAUGACGAGCACGCGCUAACCUUUGCCAGCGGCGGCUCCUCUGUGAGCUGGUUCGACAUCUCCAACCCGGCGGCUCUCACGGCAGUCAAGUCCGAGACGUUCAACAUGUCGGCUCCCGGCCCCAACCCGUCGCGCCAGGACGCCCCGCACCCGCACGAGGUCUUCCUCGACCCCAAGGGCCAGUUUGUGCUGGUUCCCGACCUGGGCGCCGAUCUCGUUCGCGUUUUUGCUGUUGACGGCGCCAACAACCUCGCGGCCGUCGACUCCCUCGUCGCCGCCCCCGGCAGCGGACCUCGUCAUGUCGAGUUCCUCGUCACCCCCGAGGGCAAGACGUACCUGUAUCUCAUCAGCGAGCUUGCCAACACCGUCACCGCAUACGACGUCACCUACCGCGAGAAUAAGACACUCAGCUUCACUGAGGUGUUUUCCGGCUCCACCUACGGCGCCGGUGCCUCUGCGCCUGCUGGUGCUAGCGCUGCCGAGAUCUGGAUUUCUUCCGACGGCAAGUUCUUGACCGUCUCGUCGCGCAACGACUCGGCAUUCAGUAUCAGCAACCCCGACACUCCCGGCGAGGGCGCCCAGAUCCCGUCCGACUCGCUCAACACCUUCACCAUUGACGCCAAGACAGGCGGCCUUACGCUGCUGCAAAAGUUCCCCGCUGGCGGACGCAUCCCGCGCCAGUUCUCCGUCAGCAAGGCCGGCAACCUCGUGGCCGUUGGUCUGCAGUCCGACAGCCGUGUCGUUGUGAUUAGUCGUGAUGCUGUGUCGGGCAAGCUGGGAGAGAUUCUCACGAGCGCCAAGGUGGACGGCGAAGUGACUGCCGUUAUUUUUGAUGAGUAG